AUGUGGGAACACGCGGUCUCGCUUCUGGGAGACAUGAAAGGCGCGCUGGUGACACCCAACGAUGUCAGCUACAACUCCGCAAUCAGCAGCUGCGCAGAUGUCGGUGAGUGGCGCUUGGCACUGCAGCUCCUGGAACAACUACCCGGAGAGCUGGUGCGGGCUGAUGCCAUUUCCUUCAGCUCUGCCAUCACAUCCUGCGGACAAGCCGGUCAGUGGCAGAGAGCUCUGGUCCUCCUGGCAUCUAUGCCGCAGGCAGCCGUGGAGCCGAAUCAGCUCUGUCUCAGCGCCGGCAUCUUCGCAGCUGCAAACGCGUGCGAAUGGGAGGUCGCCCUGGCAUUGCUACGAAACAUCUUGGAGACCAG